AUGAGCGCUCGCAGCAGCAUCAGGAUCAAAAGUCCCGUGGGAUGCAGAUGCCACUACAUACUGAAACGAUGUAUGGCCAUCCAUCUGCAGAAACAGUCCCUAGUCCGGUACGUCCCGCAACAAGCGGAAACCUCGCCAUAUUGGAUGUACGACAACGGGUACCUAAUAUUCCAGAGCUUUUUGGAAUCGAAUCUAAAAUGUGUCUGGAAUCGAAGUCUCGUAGAGGCGAUGCAAGUGGUCAAAUACGAGGGAUACGUAUCACCGGGAGUGCUGUUGCUCACCGGUGAUCCGUGCUCCAUGGAGGUAAUACGAGGCGCCUGGUGUCGUAAUGUGCUCAGGCCACCGAACAGUUACGUGAUCACUAAAAUAGGCGACGUAGAAGACUGUGUGGUGGAGGAUUUGAACCAAGGACAAUUUACGCCGUUAUCCGAAGCCCUAUGCCUAGUCAUACUGGAGCUAACCAGCGCAAACCAAAAUGCCACAAUUGACACUGUGCGUUCAGCUCUUAAAAUAUUUUUCUCCAACAUACAACCGCCGGCCGAACACAUUAUCUACGACGCGAUGGUCAAUCUCAUGUCCGAUAAUAAGAUAUACCAGACCUCCAGGGGUUACUUUGUUGUGACGCCCGAGGUGCAGCGACUAGUAGGUUCAGCGACCGCUAGCCCUGCACACAGCUUGCGGUUGGGAGGAAGUAGUCGGUACAGCCCGAGCAAAAAAGGGUUCUUGAUGUCUACGGAAGAAGCGUACGUGAAGGUUCACGGUGAUAUAGAGACCUUAAGAGACGGCGACCAAACUCAUCAAAACAUACAAACCAAUUUGGCAGACAUCAUAUCUGGCGGUAAUUCGGACGAUAAAACGCUGUCACCCAGGAGGGAUGCAUCCGGUGAGAGACUAGGUAGACGCAAUUCGCUCAGGACCAACUCGGCGUCCCGCCGCUUACAGGCCACACUGCAGCGAAGUGGUUCAAUGAGACAGAUAUCGAACAAAAACAAAACGGACGAACACUACGGUGGGGUGUCGGUGGAACCUAAAAAGUCGCCUGGUAUUUUUUCGAGACUGUUCGGCAGCCGAAGAUCGAGUUCCAAAUCUCGAAAGUCCAACAACUAUUGUUGCGCCACUCAGUUCCCUCCAGACGAAUGGUUCAACAAAAGCGUACAACCACAACACUCGAUCUCCACACAAACGGAGAAGGACGAGGACGACUGCAAGGCAAAACAACAGUGGCCGGCCCCGAGGUUGACGAGGAGCGCAACGCUGCCGAGGAAAUCGCGAGCCGUUACGGCGGGUCCAUCGUCGUUGGCCUGCAGCAGUGGUGUCGACGGUUGCGGCGGCUGCCACGCAGACAAGACGCCCGCCGCAGCCAAGAAGGCAUACCCGUCAAGCGGUUCGUCCGGGUACAACUCACUGCCCCGGAUGAACGGCGGCCGGAAGUCGGGCAGCGUCAAGAACUCGCCGUCGUCAGAGCUGUCGUACAAGAUCGCCGCCGCAGCCAAAGCGGAAAAUGGCGACGCGUCUUGCAAACCAGACACGCCGACCGGCCACGGCAGCAACUUCGAUUCGAGUUACAGCUGCGACGAGAUAUCCGUCAACGACUCGUCCAUCACGCUCACGGUGGUCGCGACACCGCCCGCUAAGCCCAAGACGGCCGCGGACUUGCGCCGGGAAUACUUCCGGGGCUUGAGCAAGUACGGUACGGCUGCCACCAACGGAAGCUGCAGCACGACCGGCGGCGUCCGCAGUAAAGACCAUCACCAACAGCAGCAGCCACAGCAACAGCAGAAGCAGCAGCAGCAACAGCAACAGCACCUGCAGCAGAAGUACUUCAACCGUAGUGGUGGCAGCGGGCGUGAUAAACAAGCGAUCGCCGCGAGUCUGCACAAAUACCUCGACAACGCGUGUAAAAUCAAAUGA